AUGGCGGUGCCUCCUCCUCCUCCUCCGUACGAAAACGACCCCGACUUCCUCGCAGAGCUCGCCAAGAUCCGUAGCGAGGCCAUGUCCGGCCCCUACUCCGAGCACCUCAUCCGCAUCUUCCACCGGUGCAACGAGGUCUUCCAGCUGUCUAUCUCCCAACUCCAGCAGCUCACCGCCCAGAGCCACGAAGCCAUGGUCCUCCUCCGCCCACCGCUGCUCGACGACGCUUCCUCGCGGCUGUCCGUGCUCUUCCACCUUCAGCUUCCAGCCCAGGAGAGCCACUGGUCGUCCGCGCACACGCUGCCGACCGGGACCUGUUGCAGCGCGCAGGCGUGCUACACCGCGACGCGACGGGGCAUGCUCAUCGACUUUGACGCCGCGCUGGACACGUCAGCGGCCAGACAGAGCAACAACAACGUCGCGGGGACGCUCGAGUACAUGGCAGUCGGCCUGGCCAGGGAACAGGGGCCGCACACGUACAGGCACGACUUGGAGUCGCUCUUCUACGUCCUGCUGCAUGCCGUGGCCAGCAGCUGUGACGGCACCCUGCCGGCGACGAGCCGGCUGGCGCGCUGGGCGUCGGCUGACGACUAG